AUGGCUAAGCGAACUGCUCUAACAAUGGAAGCAAGUUUCUAUUCCGAUUGUGCAACUGACUCGAUUCGCUCAGUACCAGAUAAUAGAAAAAUUCAGAAACAGUACGCAAGCAGUCCAGAAUCUGAGUCUAGUGAUGAUUUGAUUCAUUUUCUUGACUGUGGAACAGUAGAAACCAUCUCGAGAAUACAAGAACACUGGAAGCCGUGUGAUAUUUCCAUGUUCAAGUCUGAUAACUCUGAUUUCGCUUCGCUGCCAAUUAACUUUGGCGCUCCUUUGGUGUUGCGUUUCUAUGUGGAAGAGGAUAAUGUUUUUACCCAAGUUGGAAUUUAUCAAAAUGUGUUGCCGGAUGAGAUGGUUAACUGUUUCGACUGUCAAAAAAACUUUUCGAAAUUUGUUUAUCCGUACAUCAUCAUGGAAAACUGCUGUGAAGAGAAUGUAAGGAAAUAUGAUAUGGCCUUAAACAGUUUCUAUAACGCCAUUCGGUUCAAGAAAAGAGAGACUCUUCUAAAAUGUGUUUUGAUCAUGAAUACUUAUGAAUUCGCGUCAGUUUUAGCUAAUACUCUCUCAUCUCUCUCACAUAGUUUCGUUGAAAUAAAUAUCGGUAAACCAAGAGAUCUGGAACAAAACAUUCGAGUGACUCCGGAUUUAAAUGAGACAGAUGAAGCUAGUGGAAUUAAUGAUUUGCUAUAUUUUUGGUUUAGAGCCAAUGCGCGAUCUUUGCGAUGCUUAAGAAUAUAUGAAUAUGUUACUGUGACCGGAGAAUUUGCCAAAAUAAUCACUGGAUGUGUUUCUAUCAGUCAUCUUACAUUUUCGAAGAUCCAAAUCGUGAACGGCAGGAACAUAUGCAUAUUCCCAAACAUCUCCAGUUUCGAGUUUGAUGGUCAAUGUUUGGGUGUGAUCGAUGAUGAGAUACGCUUUGUAAAAAGUCUCAAAAUGAUUUUCCCGAAUGUUAAAGUUGUUUGUUUCAAAGGAACAUCCUACGAUCCACUCAUCAAUGCAUUUCUGAGAUCUCGCAAUACGCUUGAGAGUGGAGAUACAAUCAAAUUGUAUCAGCCGGUAACUGAUUUGAAGAAGGUUCAACACCAGAUGAGCCUAAUUUAUCCAAAAACUGAACUGAAUACUUUUCAAGCUGGAGAUUAUCCGAAAACACUAACCAUUUAUAACGAGGAAUAUAAUACUAAAAUUAUUCUGUACCGUGCCGGAGAGAAAUUCAAAAAUACACUUUGA